AAGAACCUCCAUUUCUCUCCACCUGGUCAUUCGAGUCCUUCCGUACGCUGGGCGCCCGUCGCCAUGGGCCAAGAGUCUUCACGCCUGCAGCCGGAAGAGCUGGAAGAGUUGCAGUCAAUUUCGACCUUCUCGGAAGCGCAAAUAAAAACACUCUAUUCUCGCUUCAAGCACCUGGAUAAGGAUAAUUCUGGUUCUAUUUCUAUAGAAGAAAUGACUGCUAUACCCGAAUUGGCCAUGAAUCCGCUCUCCCGGAGGGUUGUCGCUGUUUUUGAUUUGGACGGGAGAAAUGAAGUCAACUUUCGGCAAUUUGUCGCUGCCUUGUCCGUAUUCUCAAAGCAAGCAAAGCGGGAACAAAAACUCAGCUUCGCAUUCAAAGUAUACGAUGUCAACGGAGAUGGUGUCAUCGAUUCGUCAGACCUCUAUCAUGUUCUUAAAUUAAUGGUUGGAACAAAUCUUUCUGAUGCCCAAAUUCAGUCAUUGGUGGACCAGACGAUUCUAGAAGCGGAUGUUUUGGAUAAGGAUGGUGCCAUCUCGUUCAAUGAAUUCAAGCGUGCCAUGUUUAACGCCGACCUUGAAAACGCAUUGACGAUGGAGAUUUAGCACGGUGAUACUCGCCUUUGGACUGGUUUGGUUGUUGAUCAGGGCUAUUGUGUGUACGCUUUGUAAUUAGUUGGUUUUUCGUUACAGCUCUAGUAUCAUUUUUUCGCAUUCAUGUACAGAUAAUAUAUUGCUCAGGGAUAAGCCCGUCUUGUCAAGUGGA